ACACACACACCCUCAGACACAGGAACCAUGUCCAGGCUUGAUGUGACAGAGAUUUUUCAUGGCAUCUCCCUGCCAGGGCACCUCCAUACUAAGGAGUCUCUGAACUAUGCUACUCAGUUCCCAUUUCAGGACUCGGACACGCUGAUUGUGUCCUAUCCCAAAUCAGGCACCACAUGGCUACAGGAGAUGGUGACUCUCAUUCUUAGUCGGGGAGACCCCACUCCGUCCCAGACGGUGCCCAACUGGGCGCGUGCCCCGUGGCUGGAGCAGUAUUACUGCCCGCAGGUCCUGAGUGCCGCCCAGGCACCCCGCGUCCUCACCACUCACCUGCCGUACCACACGCUAGCUCCUGGUCUCCGAGGAUCCAAAACAAAGGUCAUCUACAUUGCAAGGAACCCCAGAGAUGUGGCUGUGUCGUACUACCACUUUCAUCACAUGGCCAAGUUCCUCCCGGUGCCGGGGUCCUUUGAGGAGUUUCUUAGCAACUUCUUAGAGGGAAAAGUGCACUAUGGAUCUUGGUUCAAUCAUGUGAAAGGCUGGACUGAUCCAGAGAAAGAAAUUGAGAACUUUUUCUUCAUCACAUAUGAAGAAAUGCUCAAGGAUCUGCGAGGCUCGUUAGAAAGACUGAGCAGCUUCUUACAGUGCCCCCUGCUGGAAGAGGAGUUAAACCGCGCCCAGGAGCAGUGCAGCUUCAGCACCAUGAAGGACAAUGACAUGGUCAACUACAAGCUUGUCACAGAAGACAUCAUGGACCACACCCGGGGACAGUUCAUGAGGAAAGGGAAAUCUGGAGACUGGAGGAACACAUUUCAUGAGCAUCAGAGCCGUGACUUUGACGCUGUAUAUGAGGCGCAGAUGCAAGAGUCACAUCUGAAGUUGAUGUGGACGAGCACAGACACGCAGAUGACAGCCACGAGUCCAGCUCUCACAAGCCGCCUCCACUCAGGCUAAGACAUCAGCCAUCCUUAGAUUUCAAGGUCCCUGUUCUGACAGUUUUCAUAUCUGUAUUGUAAAUAUGACUAAAGUUGUAUAUGCUAUUUCAAGUCUAGAUAUGUUAUUUUAUUGACUUGGACACUUUAAAAUUGUUGUUGUUUGCCAGAAUCAUGUUUAUAUAUUAUUUAUACAAUAACAAAUACAAUAUUGAAAAAGGUUGAGAAAGUUGAAGUUUGAGAAUUAAGUAAUUCAUUCUAACCCUAAGUCACUGCAUCUAAAUGAAUGCACUUAAAGACUCCUGAAUUUUUAAAUAAUAAACACCUUCAGGCUUGUCUGAACAUGGGCGCCUGUUUAAUCAUUCAACAGUCCAGCUUUAGGAGACCUGUAACAAUGCCCGCAAUAGAUUUUUAUAUGCAGCUUAUCAGGUUUUCUCAAUCAAGUUCAAGGUCAAUUUCAAGUUCAAGUAGUUUAUUGUCAUGUACUCAUGCAAAGACCGCUAUUUGCUCCUAAAAUGCAAAUGUCAAGUGGGGGGCAGCCCACACAUCUGUGAAUUGAAAUCCAGCUCUUGAAUAGAUUUAUAUAUUUUGACAAGAGGUCUGCUCUGAGUACUUGACAUUUUCAUGCUUUAAGUAAUGAAAUGUUUGACUGACAUUUUGGUGCAAUAUUUGUGGUUUUUAAUUUUGUGUUGUUUUAUUUUUUCUUGGUUCACUGUUUAUGAUUUUAUGUUCCAUGACUUAUUUAUUUAUUUCCCUCUGCCUUGUUUGCAUUUUAUGUUUUAAUAAUAAAGUAAAUGAAUACCUGAG